AGCUGCUGUAACCCAGCUCCAGCUUGCCUUUCCUUCGAUGACUACACCCCGAGAGGAGGAGCGAGAGGCUCACAUUAGGCGUCAGAAUCCUCAAUUUCCAAUUUAGCAUCCUGGCAGGGCAAGACACUCUCUAAAGCAAAGCCCCAUCCGAGAGCAAAAAAACCUGUCCCGCGCGCUCGGCAUGAGAGUCACAGCGCGCGCAGAGGGUGAGAGAGCAGUCGAAAAUCCGCGUGAGUCGGACAACGACUGAUUAACGAGUGCGAAGUCUAUGCAUUCGUCAUUUUCUUUAAAUUCAAUCUCUGAUAUCAACGUGUGGAGGACGGGACGGAGGUCUGUUUACUCGGAACUCUAUGAGCGAGCGCAUAGAGCGCGUGAGAGUUUGAGGGAGAACAACUCAAGCGAGAAGUUUAUAUUUGGUUCUUCACCAUGGCGUACCCUCAGGGCUACUUGUAUCAGCCUUCCGCCUCUUUGGCACUCUAUUCGUGUCCUGCCUACAGUACAAGCGUGAUAUCGGGACCCCGGACAGAGGAGCUAGGGAGAUCUUCCUCUGGCUCUGCUUUCGCUCCCUAUGCCGGAUCUACAGCGUUCACCAGCGCCUCGCCAGGCUAUAAUUCCCAUCUCCCGUACAGUGCUGAUGCGGCCGCCGCUACUUUCACUUCUUAUGUGAGCUCCCCGUAUGACCACACGACAGGCAUGACCGGAUCUAUAGGUUAUCAUCCUUACGCUGCUCCCUUGGGCUCGUACCCGUAUGGAGACCCAGCUUACCGCAAGAAUGCUACCCGGGACGCAACAGCCACUUUGAAAGCUUGGCUUAAUGAGCACCGGAAAAACCCGUACCCCACCAAAGGCGAGAAGAUCAUGCUGGCUAUCAUCACGAAAAUGACCCUCACUCAAGUGUCCACCUGGUUCGCUAACGCCAGGAGGAGGCUAAAGAAGGAGAACAAGAUGACCUGGACCCCACGGAACCGGAGCGAGGACGAGGAGGAGGACGAAAACAUUGAUCUCGAGAAAAACGACGACGACGAGCCAAACAAGCCCACGGACAAGGGAAACUCCACAGACACAGAGGCAGAUCAUAAACUCAUUAACCCAGGGGAAAUACCAUGCGACAGGUUUAAAGACGAUUCACAUGCUAAAGAGCUUGAUCCAGUUUUGACAGACUCGGAAUUAAAAGACACAGAGGAGCGGACGGAUUUGCUCGCCGAACAAGCAAAACCCACUACCUCUUCUCCCUCCGUCCUUCACAAAGGAAAUGAUCUCAUUACGCAAGAAAAGCCCUCAGAACCGGACCAGGCCGCGAGCACGGGGAACAGCAACGUAACGUCUGUUAUUCAUUCUCCCCCUUCGGCGCCCAAACCCAAACUCUGGUCUCUAGUCGAGAUCGCCACGUCUUCGGACAGGUGCAAAGGGAACAGUGAGGCUCCACAGGCCGUGGGGCUGGGUCAAAGCACAGUCAUAGCCAGCGCUGCCUCGCCGACCCGGUCCUCCCCUCAGUGCCCUCUUCCUAAUAACACUGUCCUUUCUCGGCCUAUUUACUACACGUCCCCUUUUUACCCGGGCUACACGAACUACAGCACUUUCGGACACCUCCACAGCAGCCACGGCACCAACACCAGUUCUACUGCACAUUUCAAUGGAUUAAACCAGACUAUUUUAAACAGAGCCGAGGCUCUGGUAAGAGAAAGCAAAGUAAGAAGCCAAAUACAGGUAGAUAAUUGUAAAGACUCACCUUAUGAGCUAAAGAAAGGUAUGUCAAACAUUUAAUACUGGAUUCAUCGCCAAUCACACGGACAUUUAUUUAUUAUUGUGGUUGCUUAAAGAAGAAGCAAAAGAAGACGCAUUCUGAUUAAAAAUAAUAAUAAUAAUAAAAUCCGAGGACAAUUAUUUUCUGAGUAAAUGCUUAUCCUCAAAAUCUUAGUUUCUGAAUGGUUAAUCAAGAGGAUGUAACCUCUAAGAAUUGUCUUAAACGCUGCAGCCGCCUGAGUCUAUUUGUAUUAAAGACUAAUAUGUAUAUUUAAUGUAGCAUUUUGUAUUUAAAAUGGACAAUACACUAUCUUUGAAGUAAAUUAUGGAAAAGAAAAUGUAUGCAGCGAUUGAUUUUGGAGUUUGCGUUCAUGUUAAUGUGAGUUUGAUAGCUGCACAAUUUAAAGCGAUAUUAUUUAUUUGCGGAAAAAAUUACAUCAUGACCGGACAAAUAGGCUGUUAUUGCUAAACGCUUAAUGUCUCCAAGUAAAGCAGUGUGAUAAUACUUGAAAUUAGCAGGAACAUACUGUUUCAGGAUUUACCUCUUUAAAAAAGGAAGC